AACCUUCAAGUCAACUGCUGAUUUUAUGGAAGACCAUAAACACUUUCUGGACGGAUGGAAGGGAACAUUCACCCAAACCCUGGCUCUGUUGUUCCUGGGCAAAGUCUACAGGAAAAAGUCUCCAAGGGGUUUAAAUUUUUGGUUCGCUUAAACUGAAUCAUGUAUUUGCUUAAGACCGAUGUGUUAGGUUACCAGCAGACAUCCUGGGCAUUCAGUGCCUGUAUAAGUUGGAGAAAGGAAGCAGGGAAAGCAAUGUUACUACCAGACAGGAUACUGUAAUGUAUGUAGUUACUGUCAAAACACUGCUGGUCAAAGAGCCUUUGUGUCCUCAUGUUAAAAGAGUUCAGGCAUAGCAGAGCUGGUAUGAUGGAUGGUGGGCCAAAUAUGAGUGUGUGUAGGCUUCAGCCCAGAGAAUUUUGUUCUUGGUGGUGGGUAAAGGUUGACUAAGCCAUUCUGAAAAAAUGAGCCUCUUCCUAAGUGGAGGCAUGUUAUCAAAUCAUCUGACAUCUAUUAAGUAAACAAAAUAUUUGUAAUAAAUUAUGCUUUGGUGUUUAGAGGGUGUUCAUUUCUUGUUCUGAACAGAAAGAAGUUAAAUACUGUAGGUGUGUUUUAGUAGACAGCAGUGUUUCGGCACUUCGUAAUCCUGCUUUCAUCAUGUGCACAAGCCCAACUUUCCCUACAACAGCUGCUCGGAUGUAAAAAGAAUAGGAAAAAAUCUGCUUUGAACCCUUUACUGGCCUCCUACAUGCUGCCAUCACUACACAAACACGUCUACAUGGAUGCUUGUAAACACACACACACACACACACAAGCACACAUGCACACACACCAUGUGGACGCCUUCUUGCUGUGGAGCCAGUAAACCCAGAGUUAAAUUUAGCCGUGAAGGCACUCAAUAUCAUCUGUCAUAUCCGCUGUACUGGACCCCAAGUGAGACUUCCUCUGUCCACAGUCCGAGCAUAACUCGGCUGCUGAAGGGCCAUGGUCAAAGAUCACUUCUUAAGGAUGGCAAACCUACUCACCCCUUUAGCAGUUUAUCAAUGCCAGUCCCCUUUUGAUAAACUGGAAUGCAUGAUUUGGCACAUCAUAAUGUUGAAACAGUUCUGGCCAAAGUAAGAGGGAACCUCAGGUUCAUGAGCAAAUAUGUGUUCACCAGAUGAGACUAACUGGCCCAGUCUGUCUGUAUAUGGGGACCAGCCAGGGAUCUGUGUUUCUAAUACAGGUUUACUAUCAUAGUUAUGUGUUAAGGCUUAAAACUAGACACAUGAGGUAGAGAAAAUAAAAGACUGAAAGCCCACUUCCACAACAAUGCACUUACACACAACCACAAACAGACUGUAUACACACAUUUCUUCUUCUCUUUCUGUACGUUUCUCUUAAUUCUUUCUUCCCCACUGCAUCUGUCAGACUGUCGUGAAUUUUAUUAGUGAGCUGCAAGAGCAGAUGUGCAGGUUUCAGAAGGAGAUCAAUAGCAAGAUCCAGGAAAAAAAGGCGUUGGAGAUCCCGGCUGACAGCAGCUCUUCAGUGGCAUGCCCCACUGAGUCCACUGAGGGCCAGGCCUCAAACCCUGGGCCUUCCUGCGACAGAACCUCAGGGGUGACGCACAAACUAGACGAGGCUCCGAAUGAGAACACACACAGCCUGGAAGAGGGUAGCUCAGAAACAGAGCAGCAGCACCACUGUGGAGGAGAAUGUAGUUUAAUUAAGGAGCUCAGGAUUCUCAAGGACAAAGUGGAGCACCUGGAGGAUCAGAAGUUACAGUAUGAGAAGAAACUUAAGGCAACAAAGGCAGAGAUCAGCAGCCUUCAGCAGCUUCUGCUCAGUAAGAACGCUGAGAUCGAGAGCUUGCACACCCAGCUGAUGGCCAGACCCUCUCUGCCCCUGGAGAGCUCAGAGAGAGAUCAGGAACUGCAGAAGCUUAGGAGUGGAAUGAAAUCACUGGUAGCUGCCAAUGAUGAAAAGGACCGACGAAUUGAAGAGCUCACUCUGCUCCUGAAUCAGUGCAGGCAAUUCAGAGAGACCACAAGGCAAGCACCACCUGCUGUUCAUUCAUUGUCAAAUGGCAGGACUCUGUCAAGCAGCAGUGAGGAAGAAGAGCAUGGACAAAUGAAGAACACAGACUCGGCUAGUGCAAAAUCUGAGGAUGUAAAGUCUGAAGUGUCACAUAUUUCUACAAAUAGUUCUUCCUCUCAACAAACUUCUUUUUCAUCAGUCCAGAAGGAAAGUGAUUCCAGAACAGAACCACAGAUUUUAUCAAGUAGCCUGAAUGACCUAACAAAUGGACCUUUACAAAAGAGUGGUGUUGGUGAGACCAGAAGUCCAACGCUGCCUGUGACUUCCUCUCUGUCAGAGCAGAAUGGGAUGGGAGACAGCGGCAGUGAAAUCCAGAGUCAAAGGUCUCCAGAUGGGAGUGAAGACGGGGACUCCAGCCAAAGAAAGUUGGAGAAAGCUGAUGACAGCACCUCAAGUGAUAAUUCCCCACUUCAUUCUGGAGCAAAUACACAAGCCGGCCAGCGAGCUGUGGGGUCACCGGAGUACAUGAAGAAUAAUAGGAGCUUCAAGAGACUCUGGGGGAAACUUCGAAGAACCCAGUCUGGCGGGUUCCAAGGAGCAGAUCCAGAUGCUGGACAGUUUAGAAGAGGGGGGCUGCGUGCAACAGCAGGUCCCAGACUAACCCGGACCCCUGAAUCUUACAACUCCACACGAGAUAUGAAUAUUCCAUUCAGCCAGUGGACCAAAGAGCAGGUGUGUGGCUGGCUGGAGGACUACGGACUGGGCCAGUAUGUCAAUCUCACUAGACAGUGGGUUGAAAAUGGACAGACACUGCUGUCUGCCACACCUCAGGAUUUUGAGAAGGAGAUGGGUAUGAAGAAUCCACUGCACAGGAAGAAGCUGCAGCUUGCUCUGAAUGCAUUCACCACUAAAGUCAUAGAGAAAUCAUCUGAGCUGGAUUACAUUUGGGUCACCCGUUGGUUGGAUGAUAUUGGUUUGCCUCAGUAUAAAGACCAGUUCCAUGAAGCUCGAGUAGAUGGCCGAAUGAUACAAUACCUCACAGUGAAUGACCUUUUGACUCUCAAGGUCACCAGUCAGCUUCAUCACCUCAGCAUUAAAUGUGCCAUCCAUGUCCUUCAUGCCAACAAGUUUAACCCCAACUGUCUUCGACGAAGGCCAGGAGAAGAGAAACAGCCCUCUCCCUCAGAGGUGGUGCAGUGGUCUAACCAUCGUGUGAUGGAGUGGCUAAGAGCAGUGGAUCUGGCUGAAUACGCUCCUAAUCUACGAGGCAGUGGUGUUCAUGGUGGGCUGAUUAUCCUGGAGCCUCGCUUCAGCUCAGAGACUUUGGCCCUGCUGUUAAAUAUUCCUCCACAGAAGACUUUGCUCCGCCGCCACCUCACCACUGCCUUCUCUGCCCUGGUGGGGACUCAGGCUGCACAGGAGAAGCGAGAGUAUGGCAAUGCCACCGGCCAUGUGCCCCUCACCACCACUGCUAAAGUAAAGCCAAAGAAGCUGGGCUUCACCCAAUUCAGUCACCUCAGGAAGAGGAAACCUGAUGAAUCUAUGGACUACAUCUGCCCAAUAGACAGUGGAGCACUGACAGUGAAUGGGGUUUCUCGCUUGUCUUCUGCAGCACUUAAGGGUCUCAGCCCGACCUUGGACAGACAGGCCGGAAGCCGGGAGCAGGUGGGGACAAGGGCUCAAGCUAAUGGCCCAAAACAAUAAUUUUAAAAAUACAGCUGGAACCUCAACCCCUCUCCACCACCCUCCUCUCCCCCUCAUUACGUGACUUUGUGACUCAGUGGAGAGAUGAAAGACAAAAGAUGAAUCUAUGUGGUGAUUUGCUGGAUGGGCUGCAAAGACGCUCUGUUUAGCAGGUGAUGUUCAUUGUUGUCUAAAUAUUUUGAUUCACAUUUUGCUUAAACAAAGUUUAUCUAAAAUUAUGAUGAAUGGUGACAUAGUGUUAAUUGUUUUUGAAAGCUGCUCUCUGCAUUCCUUACACAGCAUACCUAUGCUUUAAAACAAUGCAUUUUACUGACCAUUUUGUAUCUACUCUUUAGUCAGAAUAUUGAUUAGCUUUUCUUGCUAUAUAACUGGACUGGCUGUACAGUAUAAUAAUUUACAUCAAUUUCUUUUAGAAUGUAUCCUAUUCAUUUUCUACAUGACUGACAACCAAAGCUAAAAAUUUAAUAAUGUCGAGUCUUGACUGUACACUCACUCUUGUGCACCUUCGACAAGGAUUAUUGGCAUUAUUCUAUCCGAACUUUGUCUUGUUUUAUAAGAUUUUUGUGAAUACGCAAUAAUAUAAUAAACAUUAGGACAAAA